CAGGAUGCACCGUUCCCCGCCCCGCGGAAGGCACAAGUGUGUGGCGGCCAUUUCGUUCUUCUCUUCCCCGGUGAGGUGACCGGAGAAGCGAGUCGGGCUUUCGAGGAGAGGCGGAGUGAUGUUUCCUUUGGCGCGAAGAGCUUUGGGCCUUUCGGCCCGUGGCAUUCAACAUACUGUGAGGAGACAGGCUCACCGCAAACUUGAACCUGAUUUCCACGACAAAUAUGGCAACCUCGUUCUCAUUUCUGGGGUGGCGUUUGCUAUUGGCACUUGGGCUUAUGCUUGCAUCCAGCUUCCAAUUGCAUGGAAUUUCUCUCCAGUUGGUCGACUUACUCCAAAAGAAUGGAGAGAAGACUAGGAGUGACUUCAUGACCCUUCUGGGAAUUGGGAAGUAAUCUGAGCUGUAUUUGUGCCACCCUUAUCUGGCACUCUUCUGUGCUAUGUGUGAUAUAAUAAAAGUAUUGAAAAUAGAUAAUUUGGAAUCAUAAUGUUGUAUAUACUCUUGUAAUGCAAAAUUGGUAGCCAACUAAGUUGGGGUUUUGGCAGGAUGUUACAUGUACAUGCAUUAUCAUACAUGUGUGAUGGACUGUAGUUCAGAUUCCCAGAGGGGAGGGGAGUGCAUUCCAGAGGAGCAAGAAACAACUCCACCCAGAUAGUUUGUGUGAGAGAAAGAGGGUGAAGACGGCCCUUCCUUAAUAGUUCUGAGAGUAAAUGCUUUAUGGGGGUGGCAGCAUGCUUUAGUUUUCAAGAUUUUUGAGGUAAGAACAAUAAAACAAUCUGCUUGGAA